CGGUGCAGCUGCUUCCGGGCUCCGCGGCUCCGUGAGGCCGCGGCCCCGAAGCUGGGCCCAGCCCAGGUGGGGCAGCAGCCCGUAGCUCCCGGACGGACGCCUGGGUCCCCAGGCUGUCCCUCGCUCUGCCUUGGGAGAUCCCCUAGGAUCUCCGAGGACAUCACCGGCCUGACCUUGCCGAGGCCUCGUCUCAACUGCGUGCUCGGGGACUGGUCGGGCCGCUUUGUAGGAUUCACAGUCCUCUAAACAAGGGACGAACGCUGCUGGCUGGAGUUAGCUGGACACCCCUCCCUAACCCCCUGGUAGGAGACUUCCUAUUCCUCAGCUCGCUUAGGGCAGCAGUUCAGAACUCCCCAAACUGGGAGCAUCUAGGACGGGUGUCCACCGUCCUUGCUGGAUGGAGCACCGCCUCCCCACUUUCUGGGGCACCUUGCAGCGUGGCCUUGGUGAGUGACGCUUGGGGUGCUUCUUGAUGGGAAAGAAGCCUCAGAAAUACAGGAAGGACACUGUUGGGGGUGACCCAGGCCUUGUCAGAUCCUGAGACUCUUGGAAUCUUGUGUGUGGGGUGGUGGCAGUGGUGGUGAAUGAAUUUGGAGGUGCCUCCCUUCUUCACCUCAAAACUGAAAAGGAAACAAGCCACCGGCCACACUUGAGGCUGCAUGACCAUCCAGGGAAGUGGGGAGCCACUUCUGAAUUCAGAGCAGGACUCACCAAGCAAGUAUCUGUUUUUCUGAGCCUGAACAGACUCUGGCUUCUGAGGAGGCCCUCAGUCUCCAAAACUGAGAGUCUAAGCAGUGCCAAGAAGCAGACCCAGAAUUUGGGAGCUCAUUACACAGCCAGCCAUGUUCCUGCGGAGGCUUGGUGGCUGGCUACCUCACCCCUGGGGCCACAGGAAACCCAGGAAGCCCAACCUGCCUGCCCCAGAAUCCAGAUUGGCAAACAGCUCCUCUGAGAAUUCAGGGAGUGACUGGGACAGUGCCCCAGAAACCACAGGAGAUGUGGGGUCUCCCAAGACUUCAGACUCAGGGGCACGGAGGAGCUCUGGAGCUGCUGCAGAACCAAGCAGGGAAUCCCAAGUUGAGCAACUGGGGAGCAAAAGGAUGGAUUCCCUCAAGUGGGACAAGACCACCUCUGGCAUCCAAGAGUCUGGGAGACUGGAGGUUGGAGGGGCCAUUCCCAAACUGGGAUGGGAUUCUGUGGACUCAGGUGGCACCAGGAGACCUGGAGAGUCGCCUGAAGGGGGACUGAGCCCCACUGGGCCUGAAGCCCCAGUGGAGAAGCCCAGCCGGCGUCGGAAACUACUGGGCUGGCUGCAGGGUGAACCAGGUCAGCGAUCCGGGGCUUCCUCACAGUACCCAGGGGGCCUAGAGGAGUGUCUGCAGAUCUCCACCAACCUGACCCUGCACCUGCUGGAACUGCUGGCCUCAGCCCUGCUGGGGCUAUGCUCACGACCGCUGAGGGCAAUCUUGGAUGCACUGGGCCUGCGUGGACCACUGGGCCUCUGGCUGCAUGGGCUACUGUCCUUCCUGGCUGCCCUGCAUGGGCUUCACGCCGUGCUGAGCCUACUUACUGCUCACCCCCUGCACUUUGCCUGCCUCUUUGGUCUCCUACAGGCCCUGGUGCUGGCUGUCAGCCUCCAGGAGCCCAGUGGGGAUGAGGAGGCCACUGACUUGGAGGGUGAGAAGUUGGAAAGGGAGGGUGGGGAGCAGAGGGGAGACCCAGGACAGGGGCUGUGACUGCAGGUGGGGUAUGACUGAGGCCCCGCCCUUGGUGAGGUGGGAGCAAGGAUGAAGUCAGUGUGGCCUUUAGGAGGAAAGUGGGGGCAUGACCCAGAUUGUAAGCACAGGAACCUCAGGGAUGGGAGGAAACCCCAGAGCAUGAGGGCACAGGGCUCCCCCUUCACACACAGGAGAGAAUAGAGCUGCUUAGGGCAUCUGUGUUUAUGGACAGUGGGGGUAUCGCCCUUGAAUUCACCAGCUGUUGUUACUUUUUGCUUUUACAUUUCUCCCACAUUCAGUUUUUUUUUCCACCUUUCCUUUUUAAAAGCCAAAAAAAAAAAGAAAAAAGUGUGGUGAUAGAGAAUAACUACAGGGUCUUCUCUUCCUAUCAAACCUCCCCAAGUCUGAAGACCAGAGGCAGGAGAAACAGACUUCUGGUUGGGGUAAAAGGGUGGUUGAGAGACCCAAGGGAUCCCUCCUGGGAUCUAAGCCAUCUGGAGAAGAGUGGGGCUGCUAGGCCGGUAGAUCAGGGGGUCCAGGUGGGGGCCCACAGGUGAUGGAGCCUGCAGAAAGGCUGUGGGUGUUCCCAGGAGACGGGGGGAGUGGGGAUGGUGUAGCACUAUUGGCAGGAGGGCCAGUUCAGAGGGGCUGGCAGCCCAGACAGGCAGUGUGGGAAGCACUGGAGCUUGCAGUCCGCACACCGGUAAGGGUUGGCUCACUCAGCAAUAAACAACUGAGUCACAUCAAAUCCUAAAUAUACCACUAUGAAGUGAGA